CCCCUACUACUAUAUUCUACAAAUCCCCCGUACAAAAACAGCCAUGCCCGGUCUCAUCGUGAAGAAGCUUCAGGAGGAUGAGUCAAUGUCUGAAGACGACUAUGAUUCUGACGCCGAUGAUGACGAUUCUGAUGACGCCGACGACGGUGACACCGACGACGAUGACAAAAACGCUUGCGCCCUAGAGGAGCGAUUGGCUAAUAUUGAGAGGAUGCAUAAACAGAUAUGGCUAGUAAUUGAAACAAAAGCCAAGGAUAAGGGCAUAAAUAUUACAGAGAUUCUAGCUCAGUUUCCAGGUGGUUUGUCCGCGUUCCAUGAGCCUGGCCCGACUCCCACUCAAGAGUCAUCCAUAGAAGAGCGAUUGACUAACUUUGAGAUGAAGUGGAGGCAUACCUUGCUAGUAACUGAAGUUGUAUUCAAGGCUAUGGGCACUGAUGGUACAGAGAUUCUCGCCAAGCUAGCCGAGGUUAGAGCACGUCUGUCUGCAUCCCAUGAGCCUGGCCCGACUCCCGCUCCCACCAAUGAUGCCCCAGCUCAGGUAGUUGAGGAUGUUGUUGCUGAUCAGAUGACUGUGUUGGAUGCCACCACUGUAGAUACUGAUGACUCCACCUUUUCUCCACCUACUCUCGCACCUGCUGUUUCUACUGUUGAUGUUCCUCCUGUUUUUGUUGCACCUAAUGCUGCUGCUACUGCUGAUACCCCUAAUUCGGCUGUUUAUCCAGCUCUUGCUUCUCUUGCGCCUGUUAUUACUGCGGCUGCUGUUUCUAUCCCGCCAGCUGAGGCGGGAGACACACCUAUGCCAGACGCAUCUGCCUAGAAGGGGUUCUCUUCACCCAACCCGAUUUCGCGUGCAUAGGAGACUAUUCACAAUUGUAAGUGGUGGGGGAAUUAAACUUUUGUGGAUGAUUGUAAUUAAUUGACUAACCCUUCUUCUAGCAAAAUAUGGUGUUCCUGACAAAAAA